CGGUGUAGUCGCGCAUCACGCACAUUUUAUCCGUCGCCUCUCUUGGUGUGCGUUAUCGAAAGAGGUCGUAUUGCUUGUUCGGGAAAGAAACAAAAUCGUCUGACUCUUGGUCGGCAAGCGCUGUUGGAGAAAAGCGCCUUCUGAAUGAGAUCUGGUGCGGAAACACGAUGACUAUGAUAUUCAGAGUCGCCACCUUGGCGGCUACCCUCCUCUUCCUCUGCCCAGUGCAAGCUCAGGGCUCACAGGACUUUGGGCGUAACGAUGAAGUCUGGCAACUGCCGGGUCUGGCAAAGCAGACGAGCUUUCGCCAUUACUCGGGUUACCUCAGGGUCGGGGGAUCCCGUCUGCUUCACUACUGGUACGUGGAGAGCGAACGGUCGCCCGAAACCGAUCCUGUGGUCCUGUGGAUGAACGGUGGACCCGGAUGCAGUUCUCUCCUGGGACUGAUGACGGAGCUGGGACCGUUCCACAUGGCCAGCGACGGCCUCAAUUUGACGAUGAACCCUUAUAGCUGGAACAAGGUUGCGAACGUCAUCUUCCUCGAAGCUCCAGCAGGAGUCGGGUUCUCGUACGACCCGUCUGGAGACUACCACACCAACGACGACCAGACUGCCGACGACAACUACCUGGCCGUCCAGCAGUUCUUCGCCAAGUUUCCCAACCUGAGGGACCACGACUUCUACAUCACGGGCGAGAGCUACGGCGGAAUAUACGUUCCGAUGCUCGCCUCCCGCGUGCUGCAAGAUCCCAGAGGAAUUCGGCUAAAGGGCAUUGCUAUUGGCAACGGCUUCCUCGAUGCCCAGCUACUUGGAAAUGCUCUUGUCUUCUUCGGCUACUACCACGGCCUCUACGGUCUCAGCCUGUGGACUCGACUGACAGAGAACUGUUGCAACGGAAGUGUCUCCCAGCAUAGCUGUAACUUCCAGGGCCAUGUUUCUGACAAGUGCAACGAGGCGGUGGAAGAAGCGUCGUACGUGAUCCGCGACGAAGGUCUGAACAUAUACAACCUCUACGACCGGUGCGAGGACCGCGACAAUUCUUCCCGGCACUUCCGAGGACGUGGCCUGCGCGGAACGACGAGGAUGGACCGGUCACGUGAGCUCAUGCUCAAGAGCUUGAACCGAGCACUGACGACUCCAAAUUUACGGUUGGAACCUCCCUGCGUCGACGAAGAGACGGUCAUCCGGUAUUUCAACAGGGAAGACGUCAAGGUAGCCUUGCACGUCGACAAAUCGCCCUUGAGGUGGAGCACGUGCAGUGACGUGCUGAAGUACGAAUCGCAGUAUGAAACCAUGAGGCCUGUGGUAAAAGAGCUCGUAGACUCCGGCACCUUGAAGACGCUCAUCUACAACGGGGACGUGGACAUGGCGUGCAAUUUUUUGGGAGACGAAUGGUUCGUCAACACCCUGGGUUACGCCCCAACAUCCACGUACAAACCCUGGAAACACGGAAAACAAGUGGCCGGUUUCUUUCAGACGUACGAAAGAAAUCUCACUUUCCUUACUAUCAAGGGUUCCGGCCAUAUGGUUCCCCAAGACAAGCCCGCACACGCCCUCCAGAUGAUCAGCAACUUCCUCUUCGGAACGCCUUUCUAGAGCAGCUGAUUUUGCUGCGAAAUAAUAGAGAAAAAAAAAAAAUAGAACGUGAAAAGAAUGUUUUGUAUUGUAUGCCUACAAGUGUGGCGAAUAAAUUUAGGUCGUCACCAG